AUGGGACGGCAGUGGCGCCAGCGCCCGAUUGCAUGUCGGUCGUGCCGCCGCCGCAAGAUUCGAUGCUCUCGCCAGUUUCCAUGCUCCAACUGCACCUCUAGGGGGGUACAGUGCUUGCAGUUCUACGAGCCUCUUGGUCUGGUGCCAGAGGUCAAGGCAAAUAACGAGCCAAAGCCCCCCAAUGCCACCGAUGCCGACAUUCGGGCUCGGCUGGACAGGUUGGAGACUUGGAUUACCGGUAUCCAUAAUCCCGAUCUGCGCCUGACGCCCUCCGUGGCGAAGCCCGAUGAUGCUCCCCACUCAUCAGCAUCAGCAUCAGCAUCAGCAUCGUUCUCGCCGCAUGCCGAACUGCUCUCCCCGCCGUCUUCCUCUACCGUACAGCAUUUGUCCGCGGAUGCCUUGUGGUUUGGUGGCAACUUUCUCUACAAGACGGCCACGUGCAUUCCACCUCUUUCGCCCAUCAGACUCAUCAAGAAACCAUACUCCGUUAUACACGAUGCCACCUCGGCACUUGGAUCGCUUGCAACGAGUGGUCGGGUGAUCUGUCUCACGCUGCCUUUGUACCGAGAAGCCUGCAUCAUCUUGCGCACCUUUAUCGACGAGCGUGCCAUAUUGUGCCCCAUGUUCCAUGUCCCCUAUGCACUUCAGUCUAUGCAAAGCGUAUACACCAGCGCACGGCAACGAAUGCCCGCAGACACGUCGCAUCUACUCCUAUUCCUGGCCAUCAUCGCUUCGGUAACAUACGCCUCUUCGUCCGAAAGUGACGUCUGCCAAUUUUUCGCAAGUCACUUGGAAGCAAAUGCCCAAUGCGCAUCCUGGGUAGCAGCCUCGUAUGCGCUAUCCGACGAGAUCAAGGAGCGUGGCCAGGCAAGCAUGAUUUGUCUCCAAGGGCAAAACAUUCUGUACAAAGUCUCAGCCUACAUGGAGGCAAGUUCCAUACGAACCCGGAGCUUGAUCUCCACGUCCAUAGCCAUGGCCCGCGACCUGGGGCUCCAUCGCAUAGAUGGCCCUGGCAAGAAACCGAGCAGUCUUGGCUUGGACUUGGAAAUGGACAUUGAGAUUGGGCGGCGGCUAUGGUGGGAUCUUGCUUCCAUAGAUUGGUUACUCGCCUUUCUCCCAGGCUCGCACGCGGGCAUGUAUGCCAUCCACCCUCAACACAUGGCCGUCAACAAACCCAGAAUCGUCAGAGGCGACAACCACGGCGCAGCUUCCCCUGAAGAACGGGAUGAGCAAAGUGACCUGUCCUGUUUCCUGGAGCGUAUUCGCCUUGCGGAGAUAAGCCGUCAGCAUGUCGAUGUCUGCCCUCUCUCCAAGACCAAGACCAAGGCCGACUAUUACCAGGAAGUGGUACGGCACGACGCCCGCCUCAAGCAAUACCAGCGAGAACUGCCGCCAUUCUUCUCCAUCGACAGGUUCUCUACCCCUCCGUCGCACGAGGAUCCAACGAUUGUCAUCCACCGCAUCCAUUUACACUGCGUAGUCUAUAUCCUGCGCUGCUUCCUCCACCUGCAAUACCUACCCCUCUCCAGCAUUGGUGCCAGGUACACGCCGUCUCGCACAGCGUGUCUCGCCUGCGCCAGCGACAUUGUCCGUUUGCACCGGCAGAUCAAGUCCCAGUACUCGUGGAUCAUACCACGCCUUAAAGCGACCAAUUUUCUAAAAUGCCUCGUCAUGGCAAGCGCAGUGUUCCUGCUGGACGUUUGCUCGGGCACCGAGAUUCGGGACUUUAAGAGCGAAAGGUCGGAUAUGCUCGACGCGUGGGAGCUGAUGAGCGACCAGCAGGAGGACUCCAAUCACAACGAGCAAUUUUUCGAGUUUGCGAGCCAGAUGUUCAGCAAGUACGGUGUCUCCAAGGCGAUUGUGGCGGAUCUGGCGGCCCGGCGGCCCACGCACUUGGACACGACACGGCGUGUUCCCGGGCCGCCACAGGAUUUUGAGCAGGCGUAUCCCGCGGGACGGGGCGGAGAGAUGGGCACUGAGAUGAUGGACAUGGCCCAGCGGUGGCAGAUGCUCGAUGCGGAUUUCGAUUUGAAGGCCAUGGGCUGGGAUAAUGUACUGUCGGGGUUUGAUGCAAUUCUCAUGUAG